CGUAAACAACGGGAACAGGGAGGACAAACACGGACUGCUGCUGCUGCUGCUGCUGCAGAGUGAAGCCGUAGCGGCUGUGUCACCGACCACCGGCAGAUACCGGAUUAACGGAUCGAUCAGGGUGAUCGGGGUGAUCGGGGUGGUGGUCUGAGCGGCGGGGCGGAGGAGGGGAUGCGUUGCCUGGUAACAGAAGCAGGACUGAGGAGGAAAACAGGCCGACCGUCACUCUUCAUCAUGAACAUCCUCAUCUUCAACGGUCCGAGUCUUUCCAUGUUCAACCUCAGGUGUGGCUCAGUGGUUUAGGAUGCGCCUGUAGUCGUCGCUGAGGGUGAAGCAGCCGUCAUGCCGUGUUCGUGUGCAGAGUGGAGGAGGUGGAUCCGCCCGCUGGUUCUGGUUUUAUACGCUCUUCUGCUGGUCGCCGUGCUGCCGCUCUGCAUCUGGGAGCUGCAGAAAGACAAGGUUGGGACUCACAGUAAAGCCUGGUUCAUAGCCGGCGUGUUCGUCUUCCUGACCAUCCCAAUUUCACUUUGGGGGAUCCUGCAGCACAUCGUGCACUACACCCAGCCUGAGCUGCAGAGGCCCAUCAUCAGAAUACUAUGGAUGGUGCCGAUCUACAGUUUGGACAGUUGGCUGGCUCUGCGGUAUCCCAGUCUGGCCAUCUACGUGGACACGUGCAGAGAGUGCUACGAGGCCUACGUCAUCUACAACUUCCUGGUGUUCCUGCUGAACUUCCUCAGUAACCAGUACCCCAGUCUGGUGCUCAUGCUGGAGGUCCAGCAGCAGCAGCCACACCUGCCCCCGCUGUGCUGCUGCCCGCCGUGGCCCAUGGGAGAGGUGCUGCUGUUCCGGUGUAAACUGGGAGUCCUCCAGUACACCGUGGUCAGACCCGUAACCACGGUGAUAGCGCUGAUCUGUCAGCUGUGUGGAGUUUACGAUGAAGCCAACUUCAGCUUCAGAAACGCCUGGUCCUACCUGGUCAUCAUCAACAACAUAUCGCAGCUGUUUGCGAUGUACUGUCUGGUGUUGCUGUACCGAGCUCUCAAAGAGGAGCUGACUCCCAUCAGGCCGGUGGGAAAGUUCCUCUGCGUCAAACUGGUGGUGUUCGUGUCCUUCUGGCAGGCAGUUUUAAUAGCGUUCUUGGUGAAGGUUGGUGUGAUCUCUGAUAAACACACCUGGGACUGGGACAGUGUGGAGGCUGUGGCUACGGGACUGCAGGACUUCAUCAUCUGCAUAGAGAUGUUCCUGGCUGCCAUUGCUCACCACUACACCUUCACCUACAAACCAUACGUACAGGAAGCUGAGGAGGGGUCGUGCUUCGACAGCUUUCUGGCCAUGUGGGAUUUCUCUGACAUCAGAGCUGACGUCACAGAGCAGGUCCGCCAUGCUAGUCGUACGUUCCUCGGUCGUCCCAAUAAGAUGUACUUCGGUGCAGCAGCUCGACCUGAACACACGGAGCACACUGGCCUCCUCACGGCCUCCUCCCAGGACGCCAUCGCCGUGGCAGCCACAUCGAUGCCCUCCUCCCCUUCCUCGAGCGGGCGGUACCAAGGCCUCGGCCAUACCCCCGCCCCGCACUCCAUCUCUGCCCCUGCGGGGUUCACCUCCUCGUCCUGGGACGACGACAGCGAUGGCUCCCCUCCCGAGGCACGUGACAGCACUGGAAGCACAUAGCCAGGGGCGGGAACUCCUCUCUUUACGUCCUUCGUCCUCUUGUUUCGAUGUGGCUACGAACAAAGACACUCAGAUUCUGUGUUAUAGUCAGAAUAUAAAAGAAACUCGUCUACAGAUUUGUGAAAGAGAAGCGAAGUCUCAUAUGGAUUUUAAUCGAAGGAAAGCAGAGAAAGAGUCUCUGAUGUCAAAGCCAUGUUUGUGGAGUAUUUUUAAAAUAAUCACCUGGUUUUAAAUGUUUAAAAUCUGUAUUUUAUGUCUAAUGAUGUCAUUUUGAUAGAUGUGUCUGCAGCUGUUGAGAGGAAAACAUUUAUGUUUUCAUCAGAGUGAAGGCAGGUUGUUCUCUUGGUUUAUUCUCCCAUGGUGCUGAAGUGUCCUUGAGCUGAGUUUGACAGUUUGUUCUGAUUCAUAAUAAAUUAACACGCCAUAUCUAACCAUUAGAAACUGUGUUGCUAUUGUUAGUGUUAAUCUUAUUCCUCCAAACUUAGGAGAAGUCUCCAACAGCAGCCCUCUGAGGACGAGGGAACCAAGGGAUAAACUUACCAUACCAACCACAGACUGUCUGGAGAGACAUUUAGAGGCAUGGAUUUUUGGAUUAACUGCUUGCCGUCCAGACAACCCAAAUUCAGGGCAACACAGGACAGAGCAGAGGUGGACCAAACCUGCAG